AUGUCGUCGCAACAGGCACCGCUCGCAUACGCCGUCGCGCAAUGGCUCCAGCAGUCGUCCGACUCGGCAUCCGCCGAACACAAGGCCAAGCUGCAGCACGCCGCCAAGAGCGUCUCGGAAGCGUUUGACGUCGACACCUCCUCGGCACAGCAGCAGGCACAGUACGGCUCCGGUCCCGGUCUCCAGGCCAUCUUUGACAUCUUCCUCAAGACGCAGGCCAAGAUGGGCGGUGCGGCUCCCGCGCCCGCAGCUGCACCAGCUGCCUCCACGUCGACCGCCGCAGCCACCCCCUCGGACGCCGACCUGGCCAAGGCGGAGCAGCUCAAGGCCGACGGCAACAAGGCCAUGUCCGCCAAGGACUACGGCGCCGCCAUCGAGGCGUACGGCAAGGCGAUCGAGCUCAACCCCAACUCGCCCGUCUACUUCUCCAACCGCGCCGCCGCCUUCAGCCAGAUCGGCCAGCACGACCAGGCCAUCGACGAUGCCAAGCAGGCGAGCAAGAUCGACCCCAAGUUCGGCAAGGCGUACUCCCGACUUGGCCAUGCGCUCUUCUCGUCCGGCCGCUUCGAGGAGGCCGUCGAGGCGUACCAGCAAGGUGUCGAGGUGGACCCGACCAACGAGGUGCUCAAGAAGGGCCUUGCUGCAUCCAAGGAGCAAGCCUCGUCGUCUUCGUCCGCACCCUCGUCCUCGGCAGCUGGCUCGUCGACGCGCGACGCCGUCUCUCCACCGGCAGGCGCAGAUGCCGGCGCCGGUGGCUUCCCCGACUUUGGCGGCGGAGCUGGCGGCAUGCCCGACCUCGCGGCAAUGAUGAACAACCCGAUGAUCGCGCAGAUGGCGCAGAACCUCAUGUCGAACCCGGACAGCCUGGCGUCGCUCAUGAACAACCCCAUGCUCCGCCAGGCGGCCGAGAGGUUCGGCUCCGGUGGUGGCAUGCCCGACAUGAGCUCCAUGAUGAACGACCCCGCGCUGCGCGACAUGGCACGCAACUUCAUGGGCGGUGCCGGCGGCGGCGCCGGUCGUGGCAACGGCGGUGGCAACGGCAACAACAACAUUGCGUCGCCGACGGUGCGGGUGAUCUACUUUGCCUCGGUGCGUACGACGCUUGGGCUUUCGCACGAAUCCAUCGCGCUGCCUUCGGUGCCCACUUCGCUCCCCACCCUCAUCGAGCUCAUUGCGCAGCGCCACAACGAUAAGCAGCCCGAUAGCGUGCUGGCGGGGUGUCGGUGGAGCGUCGACAACACGCUGAUCGAAAUCGACGAGAUCGCAAACUGGACACUCAGCGGCGGCGAAGAGGUCGAGGUCGAGCCGGCACGCAAGCCGCUGGUGGCAGCGUCGGUGCUGUCGCGCUUCUCGGCACACCACUUCUCGCCAGCUCCCAGCGGAGUCGAUUCGAACCUGCUCAUCCUGUUGCACGGGCUGGGUGAUAGCGACACGCCGUUCUUUACGCUGGGCCAGUCGCUGCAAAAGACGCUGCCGCAGACAGCCGUGUUGACGCUACAGGCGCCGCAUGGCGUACCGUUCCUCGACCCCGGCCGACACUGGAUGUGGUAUCCGACGUUCGACCAGUUUGGCGAGAUACUCACCAAGCCCAACCCGCGCCCGACCGUCGACCACCUCAAGGGCCUGCUCGAGCAUCUCACCGGCGCGUGUGGGUGGUCAGCAUCGCACAUUUACUUCUUCGGCUUCGGUCAAGGCGCCACGAUCGCGCUGGAGACACUUGUCGACUGGACCAAGUCGCAUGCAGACGAGCCUGCCGCAAGACUGGGAAGCAUAGUGUCGGUGUCCGGCGAAUUCAUCUCGCAUCCGACGCUGACGAAACCGAGCGCGACACCCGUGCUGCACAUCUACCGCUCGCCGAGCGAGACACCGCGCGAUGCGAGCCGAUGGGCAUCAUUCCGAAAAGCCACAAGCGCACUGCAGCUGCAUAGGUUGGCAUUGGCACCAGGCGGGGCGGACGAAGCGAUGCUACGCGGACAGGAGUGGGAUGGCGUGAUGCAGUUCUGGUCGAGGCUGCUGCGCAGUCGAAGUAGCUGGGAGCUCAGCGGCGACGUGGUACCGCUUGCGCCUCAGAAGUAG